CUUCCGCCCGGGUCCGGGCAGUAGGGGCGGGACUGUAGCUUACAGAAGGAAGUGGAUGAGUAAUUUCCAGCAGCGCGGCCGGAGGGAAGGGGAAUAAGUGCUUGACCUUGACCUUUGCAGACCCCCUUCCUGGCUACCAAGAACCCUGGCCGCAGAAGUCUGCUUCAUCCCCAAGGCUCACCACCGGCUCCUACUGGCCUGAUGUCUUCUGUCAAACUGUGGCCCAACGGUGCCUCUGCCCCACUGGUGGCUCUUGAGGAACUGGAGAAGACUGCGUUCAUUGGCCAAGGUGGCUUCGGUGCCGUGUUCCGGGCACAGCAUCGGAAGUGGGGAUAUGAUGUGGCAGUCAAGAUUGUGAACUCGGAGAAGAUAUCCAGGGAGGUGAAGGCCAUGGCUGGUCUCCGUAACCAGCACGUGCUGCUCCUGCUGGGGGUCACCGAGAACCUGGAGUGGGACAAUGUGUGCGGACCGGCGCUGGUGACCCAGUUCAUGGAGAAUGGCUCACUAGUGGAGCUGCUGCAGCCCCAGUGCCCCCGGGUCUGGCCUCUCCUCUGCCGCCUGCUGCAUGAAGUGGUGCUCGGAAUGUGUUACCUGCACAGCCUGAACCCGGUGCUACUGCACCGGGACCUCAAGCCCUCCAAUGUUCUGCUGGACUCGGAACUCCACGCCAAGUUGGCAGAUUUUGGCCUGUCCACAUUCCAGGGAAGUUCACAGUCAGGGGUAGGGUCCAGUGAGCCACGGGGCACCCUGAACUACUUGGCCCCGGAGCUGUUAGCCGAUGUAAACCGGAAGGCCUCUAUGGCCAGUGACGUCUACAGCUUUGGGAUCCUAAUGUGGGCAGUGCUGGCUGGAAGAGAACCUGAGUGGGUGGGUCCUACAUCCCUGCUGCAGGAAGCCCUGUGUGAGAGGCACAACCAUCCUCCACUGAACGAGGUGCCAGCCUCUGGCCCUGAGACUCCCGGCCUGGAGGAACUAAAGGAGCUGCUACAAUGCUGCUGGAGCCACGAGCCUGGAGAACGGCCCUCCUUCCAAGAGUGCCAGCCAGAAACCCACAACGCCUUUCGUUUGGUGCAGGACAAAUUAGACACUGCUGUCUCGAUGGUGAAAGCAUUUCUGUCUGAACGAAGGAGGCUACCUACGCGACAGUCAAGCUCAGGAGGGACACAAAUGGACAAGCCCUGGGGGACCAUGGGAAAUCAGUGCUCCAUGAUUUCUGAGCUGGCUAGCCUGACUGUGGAGGAGCCGCUUACCUCGAAGCUUGAAGCCUAUGCCAGCCUUGCCACAAGGGAACAAGGAGAACAGGCUUGGCCGCCCCAGAGAGCAGGGACGUCUCUGGACCCAAUGGUCCAGCCAUCCCAAGCCCCAGACAAGUCACUUUUCAAUAACAAGAUGCCAAACUCCAGUGGGACUGGAGCCGAUGGACAGCAG